UAAGGAAUGGUGCGUGAAUAACUACGUAGGUGUGGUAUGUUGUAUUAAAAUAAACCACAGACUACACUGUCUCCCGUUGCCGGACACUUUCCACCAUUCAAGCACAGUUUAUUUCGCCUACCAUCACACCACAAAGGACUCUACAAUGGCCAGCAAACGUACAGGCAAGAAAGUAACGAAAAAACGCGGACAACGAGCGACGUCGAAUAUCUUUGCGAUGUUCGACCAGGCUCAAAUCCAGGAGUUCAAAGAAGCGUUCAAUAUGAUCGACCAAAAUCGAGAUGGCUUUAUCGAUUCCGAGGACCUCAAAGACAUGUUUGCUUCGCUUGGAAAAGAACCCGACGAUGAAUUGGUGGAAAGCAUGAUGGGAGAAGCACCAGGACCCAUGAAUUUCACGAUGUUUUUGACAUUGUUUGGAGAAAAGUUAAACGGCACCGACCCUGAAGACGUUAUACGAAACGCAUUUGGUUGCUUCGAUCAGGAGGGCGAUGGGAAAUUGCACGAAGAUCAGUUAAAACGUUUGCUUAUGACUAUGGGAGACAGGUUAGAUUGACAAUAUCAUGUUGUAUCAUUUUCACAAAAUACUAUCGUUAAUUCUCUGAGACUCUGCAUUCUUGUAGUGUUGGGUUUGUUGGCAAAUGAAUAGAAUUGGUCAACUUUAAUUCAUGAACUGGACUAUCCCAGAUAAAAAAAUAAAAGGGAAAUAAGCUUUUCUAUACAAUGCUAACAUAUUUGGGGUUGUAUAUACUAAAUUUGUCCCCAAAUCCAAAUAGCAUUCCAUUGUUGACAUUAACGCAUACUAUAGCCUAAUUUGCAACAUUCGGUAAUCGCCAUUCGCCACAUGUUGUAUGUGAAUUUAGUCUAAUCUAUAAAUCAUUGUUGAUAAAUGGCCUUUUGACUAUCCUUUGGUUUGUAUAUACAUAACCCUGUAUUGUGCUAUCCCUAUGGGGUUAUCUGCGUAAAAAUCUCAGGGAAAAUUAUAAAUUUGACGAACAGAAACUCUGUUACUUCGCUUUCGACUAGCCCAGUAUCAAGUUACAUUUCGUGACAAACACAGCUGUUGUAUAUUUCAAAAUUUAUAUUCAACACCACAACUGUAAAAUGAUUGUUCACUUUUGUUGAAAAUUUUCCCCUUUGUUGAAAAUCGACACGAAUGAGAAAGGGUUGUUUGGACCCUAAAUUUCUAUGGACUGAAGCAAUUUGUAUAUUGUUUAGGAUAAUUAGCUAGUCUAAUGUUUUAAAAGAAUGCCAGCCAGCUAUGGCUGUCAAAAUGUGACCAAAUUAUUAUCAGGAAUGUUCAUUGAAAUUUCACAGCUGUGGUGUAUAAUCAAAUGGUUUUAUUUAUUUAAACCUGCAGGCAAUUUGCUAUGUCUACUCUGGGGUGAUUUUAUUGCCAAAAAUGAUCACAGAUUUGAGGAAUGCUAAUUUAAUAUCUGCUGAUUAGGAAAAAACUAUAACAUAAGUUUUCUUAAUUGGUUAUGUUCAUUAGAUAUCCGAUUUGUUAUCUGGACUGGCUAAUAUGGAGAGUUUUAGCACCUACUAAAAUAUAAACUUGUCUAAGUGAACAAAUAUUUAUGUUUGUUAAAUUCUAAGCACUGUUGAAAUUUACCCUGUCAACUUCCCUGGAUAAACAUUUGUUUUUGAAUUCUUUGCCUGUCCACUACUUUUGUGUGUAUUAAACACUAACAGAUGAAUACCAAAAGAAAUUGUUUAAUGAAUUUGGUGCACAUUACACUUAAAAAGUAAUUGAAAUUGAAGUAUUACUAAUAAUUGUGGCAUGAAUUAUUUGUAUAAGUAACAGAAGGCCAUUUUAUUGCAAUUCUUUAAUUUAUUAUAUUCCUGUUUUUAGGAUGAGCAGUGAAGAGGUUGAAAUGAUGUACCGUGGAGCACCAAUUGACUCGAGAGGAAAUUUUGACUAUGUUGCUUUCACCAAAGUGUUAAAACAUGGCACAAAGGAUGAAUAAAUGCUGGCUAGGAAACAUUUUUGUAGAUGAACCAAAUGUAGUAAUAUAAAUCAAUUGCUAAUAUAUAUAUAUUUCAGUUCCACAAUUUUGAAUUUCACUGUGUGUUCUAUAAAGUAUUUCCACAUUGAGCUUUUGUAAAGUGCUUUUGAUAAAGUUUAGGGUUUAUAAAAUUUAUUUUUAAUAAUGUUAUACAUUGUGAAUUCUGUUGUGUACAGAAUGUCUAGUGCGUUGUGCUUUGCAGUAAAAAUAAAUGUGUUUGGGUAUUUUUUAUUGUUGUUGACAAGG